UUUCCAUCGAAUGCGCCGGAGUUUUCGUUUCAACAUCCGGUUGUUUACAAAAACAAGUGAUGAAUGUCAAACUGCAGACGAUACUGUAGGUCAAGUGUCAUCGAAUCGGAUGGGUAUACAUGAAGUGCGAACAUCAUCUGGUCGACAUGUGCAGAAACUGAUUCCUUUUAAAGACGAUUUUAAGAAAAUAAUUGGCUCAAAGAUGCACCGCCACAGAAAUAUUUAGCCACCGACAAUGAAGGCAAUGCUCACAACGUUACAUAAGGGCCCAAGACUCGUCUCAAAUACUGGCUGGCAAUUUUGUAAUUCUGGUUUAAUUUCCCCUCAAGGGAAUAAAAAUAGCACAAGGGAGACAUCUCAGCAGCAACAGUGGUAUUGUUCACUCAUUAAAAACCAAGAACUCUUUCAAAAUAAAAACCGGUUUUCAGAAAAUAAAGACCAGUUAAGAUGUUACCCUAGACUUUACUCCAGUAUAAUAGAGUGUUGUCAUAAACAUGGGGGCAAACAAUUCAGACUUAUAUCAAGAAAUAUUCGUCCAUCUGUCCGUGCUCCGACCAGAUUCAUGGGUGUACUCUCUGACCCAGAAAACAAAGGGAAAAAACAAGUUGGGAUAAAUUUUGACACCAUUGGAAGUUGGAAUAAUCGUAUCAGCAUGCCCAUUCUUAUAAAAGAAAGUAUUCAAACUGGGAAGCUUAUUCCCCAGAUUCCACUGGAAAAGAUUGGAACAGCAUCCCUUCUUGGUCGUCGGAACAGGAACGAAGAUCGUUAUGCCAUAAAGAAAUUAUCCUCAGAGUAUUUGUACUUUGGGAUAUUUGACGGACACAAUGGUGACUUAGCGUCGGAGUACCUUCAAAGUUGUAUGAGUGAUAGCCUGUCUUUCUGGUUGUCACGGGAACCAGAUGAGAGUGUGGUACUACGACAGUCAUUUAUAGAUCUGAACAACAGUCUUGCCAGGCAUUUAACAUUGUACUGGCUAGAUGAUGAACAGUUCAGUGCAGGAAGUACUGCUACUGUGUGUGUGUUACAACAUAGUACGGAACUGACGAUAGGCCAUGUCGGGGACACGCGAGCUCUCCUUUGUCGGGGAGGUAAAGCUAUAGCUCUCACUCAGGAUCACAAUCCUGAUAAUAUAGGAGAGAGAAAACGAAUUCAAGCUCGUGGUGGUGUCAUCACGCCUAACAGUCUAGGGACGCCCAAAGUCAACGGAAACCUUAGUAUGACGAGAUGUAUUGGUAAUCUCCCCUUGAAAAAAUAUGGUGUCACAGAACAUCCGGAAAUAAAAACGAAAAAGCUUGACCAUGGUCGGGAUGCCUUUCUAGCACUGGUCAGUGAUGGGGUCAGUUUUGUCCUGAGUGACCAGGAAGUUGUGGACAUUACCUGUAGCUGUACUAACCCCCAGGAGGCUGCCAGUCGUGUUACUGAUCAAGCACUACAAUUCGGAUCCGAGGACAAUGCAACCUGUGUGAUUAUCCCCCUUGGUGCCUGGGGAAAAUACAGCACUGAUACAGGAACUAUACAAUACAGCUUUGGUAGAACAUUUGUACCACUUAGGGAUUCUUAAUAGUAAGAGUUACUUCCCUUUGUAGGGAUUCUUAAUAGUAAGAGUUACUCCCCUUUGUAAAACAUGUACAAUUUAUUUUGAAAUUCUGAAAUUUGAAAUAUAUUCCCUUCUGUGGAUUAUUAUUUAGAAGGGGGGAUAUGUUAUCCAGAAGAAAGCAUUUAAACAAUUUUGAGAUUCUGUAGAAUGCGAGUUACUUCCCUUUGUGGAUUUUUUUUCUGUGAGUUUAUGGUUAUUUUAUAAAAAAUAUGAUU